CGCGCCGCCGGUCCGUGCAGCAUGGCGGCGGCGGGGGCUGAACAGACACAGCCAGAGCCGGCCGCCGGCGCCGCGCCCGAGGAGUCGUCGGACAGCGAGCCGGAGCAGGAGCCCGGCUCCUUGCAGAAGCUUAUCCGCAAAGUCUCGACGUCCGGGCAGAUCCGCCAGAAGACUGUCAUAAAAGAGGGGAUGCUAAUGAAACAGACCAGCUCCUUCCAGCGCUGGAAGAGACGAUACUUUAAACUGCGAGGACGAACGCUCUACUAUGCAAAAACUGCUAAGUCCAUUAUUUUUGAUGAGGUGGAUCUGACAGAUGCCAGUGUGGCAGAAUCCAGCACAAAGAAUGUCAACAACAGCUUCACGAUUAUCACUCCAUGUCGGAAGCUCAUCCUUUGUGCUGAUAACAGAAAGGAGAUGGAAGAUUGGAUUGCAGCACUGAAGACUGUCCAAAACCGUGAACAUUUUGAGUCUACCCAGUACAGCAUGGACCAUUUCUCAGGGAUGCAUAACUGGUACGCCUGCUCCCAUGCCCGGCCAACGUACUGCAACGUGUGUCGGGAGGCCCUGUCCGGGGUCACGUCACACGGGCUGUCCUGUGAAGUGUGCAAGUUUAAAGCCCACAAGCGCUGUGCUGUGCGGGCAACCAACAAUUGCAAGUGGACAACUCUGGCCUCUAUCGGGAAGGAUAUCAUUGAGGAUGAAGAUGGGAUCUCAAUGCCACAUCAGUGGCUGGAAGGAAACCUGCCCGUGAGUGCCAAAUGCACUGUGUGUGAUAAAACCUGUGGCAGUGUCCUGCGUUUGCAAGACUGGCGCUGCCUGUGGUGCAAAGCCAUGGUACACACAGCAUGUAAAGAGUUGUUACCAAACAAGUGCCCUCUUGGGCUCUGCAAAGUGUCUGUCAUUCCUCCUACUGCUCUUAACAGCAUUGAUUCAGAUGGUUUCUGGAAAGCCACUUGUCCCCCUUCUUGCACAAGCCCUUUGUUGGUCUUUGUCAACUCAAAAAGUGGAGACAACCAAGGUGUAAAAUUCCUACGAAGAUUCAAACAACUGCUGAAUCCAGCCCAGGUCUUUGACCUCAUGAAUGGAGGACCUCACCUUGGUUUACGCUUAUUCCAGAAAUUUGACACUUUCCGGAUUCUAGUUUGUGGUGGGGACGGAAGCGUUGGCUGGGUUCUCUCUGAGAUUGAUAGCCUCAACCUUCACAAGCAGUGCCAGCUGGGAGUGCUGCCCUUGGGAACAGGGAAUGACCUUGCUCGUGUUUUAGGCUGGGGUUCUGCUUGUGAUGAUGAUACCCAGCUCCCACAGAUCCUGGAGAAGCUGGAGAGGGCCAGUACCAAAAUGCUGGACAGGUGGAGCAUCAUGGUGUAUGAAACCAAACUCCCUCGCCAGGCCUCCACUUCCACAGUCACUGAAGAUUGCAGUGAGAAUUCAGAGGUGCAGAAGAUUCUUUGCUAUGAAGAUUCUGUGGCUGCCCAUUUGUCCAAAAUUUUGACUUCGGACCAACACUCAGUGGUGAUCUCCUCAGCCAAAGUACUUUGUGAGACAGUGAAGGAUUUUGUGGCUCGAGUAGGGAAAGCCUAUGAGAAGGCAACAGAAAGCUCAGAGGAGUCAGAGGUCAUGGCCAGGAAGUGCUCUGUCCUGAAGGAGAAGCUGGACUCAUUGCUGAAGACACUGAAUGAUGAAUCUCAAGCAUCUUCCUCUCUGCCCAACCCUCCUCCCACCAUUGCAGAGGAGACAGAAGAUGGGGAUGGGUCGGGCAGUGCUGGUGACUCCUCAAGUGAGCUCUCGGUGGGCUCGGCCUGCACUGCACGGCCCCAGAUCUUCCGUCCCCGAGAGCAGCUCAUGCUGAGAGCCAACAGCUUGAAAAAAGCCAUUCGCCAGAUAAUAGAGCAUGCAGAGAAAGCUGUAGAUGAACAGAAUGCCCAGACCCAGGAGCAAGAGGGCUUCCUCCUUAGUCUCUCAGCCUCUGAGGAAGGCAAGGAGCUGAGGAAUGAGGAUAAGAUCUCCAUGCAGUCAUCACACAGCAGCAGCUAUGGAGUGUCCAAAGGGAGGAGCCAGAGGAAAGCCUCUAAGUCUCCUUGUGAAAGACUAAUAAACAAAGGAAGUUUGUCACUGGGCAGCUCUGCAUCUCUUCCUCCCCAGACAGGAAGCCGGGACAACUUGCCAAUGCUGAACACAAAAAUCCUCUACCCAAAUAUCCGUGCUGGCAUGUCAGGUUCUUUGCCUGGGAGCUCAGUCAUCAGCCGAUUGUUGAUCCAUGCUGAUCCCUUUAACUCUGAGCCUGAAAAUCUUGAAUGUUACACUGAGAAGUGUGUCAUGAAUAAUUACUUUGGAAUUGGACUGGAUGCAAAGAUUUCUUUGGACUUCAACAACAAACGUGAUGAGCACCCAGAGAAAUGCAGAAGUCGUACUAAGAACAUGAUGUGGUAUGGAGUAUUGGGGACCAAGGAGCUGCUGCACAGAACAUAUAAAAACCUGGAGCAGAAGGUCUUGCUGGAGUGCGAUGGGAGGCCAAUCCCUCUGCCCAGUCUCCAGGGGAUUGCUGUACUCAACAUUCCCAGCUAUGCAGGAGGCACCAACUUUUGGGGGGGAACCAAGGAGGAUGAUACAUUUACAGCCCCUUCCUUCGAUGACAAGAUUUUGGAGGUGGUAGCUGUGUUUGGGAGCAUGCAGAUGGCAGUGUCACGUGUGAUAAACCUCCAGCAUCACCGGAUUGCACAGUGCCGGACAGUAAAGAUAGCAAUCCUUGGAGAAGAGGGAGUUCCCGUGCAAGUGGAUGGAGAAGCCUGGAUCCAGCCUCCAGGUUACAUUUGGAUUGUUCAUAAGAACAGGGCACAGACCCUCACCCGAGACAGGGCAUUUGAGAGCACCCUGAAAUCUUGGGAAGACAAACAGAAGUGUGAGUUGUCACGACCCUCCUCUUUCUCUCUGCAACCAGAGAUCAUGUCUGAAGAAGAAUCCACCCAGAUCAUCCAGUUUGGUCAAGCUGCAGGUGCUCUGAUCCACAGCAUUCGGGAAAUAGCUCAAUCCUAUCAGGACAUGGAACAGGAGCUUGCCCAUGCUGUCAAUGCCAGCUCCAAGUCUAUGGACAAAGUCUACGCUAAAUCCAAGUCUACAGAGGGUCUGAACUGCAGCCUUGUUGUAGAGAUGGUGAAUAAUGUCAAAGCCCUGCACAAUGAGACAGAGCUGCUGCUGGCAGGCAAGAUGGCACUGCAAUUAGAUCCUCCACAGAAGGAGCAGCUCCAGGCAGCCCUGGCAGACAUGGACCUCCAGCUGAGGAAACUGGCAGACAUCCCUUGGCUGUGGCAGCUCAUGGAGCCCUGUGAUGAGGAGAACCAGAUGCUGGAUUAUUCUAAACGCAGCCGCAGUGGCAAAUUCCGCCUGGUGACCAAGUUUAAAAAGGAGAAGAACAACAAAAAUAAGGAGACUCACAGUAGCAUGGGAUUGCCGGUUCACCUCUGGGGGACGGAGGAGGUUGCGGCGUGGCUUGAGCACCUCAGUCUUUGUGAGUAUAAGGAUAUCUUCAUCCGCCAUGACGUCCGGGGCUCUGAGCUCCUGCACCUUGAACGGAGGGACCUCAAGGACCUGGGAGUGACAAAAGUGGGUCACAUGAAGAGGAUACUGCACGGGAUCAAGGAGCUGAGCCGGAGUACUCCUGUCAGCGAGGCUUAGCCUCUGUUUUCACAGCCUGUGUCUACCAUUCUCCCUAACUGCACAGCAGUCACCUCACCAAGCAGAUGUGCUCACAACUAUCUCUGCUGAACAGCCAAAGUUUAGCUGUUCAGAGCUCAUAUCAACCAAGCAUGGUGCUACUUUUUUCCUGUGGGGUAUGGCUGCAUCCUUUGGAGAGGCACUUCCUCUGUGGUUGGCAGAGCCUCCUGGAGAGAACUCACUCGCUGUUUGAAGAGCCAUGUCCUGUGUCAUGGGAAGUUCUGGUUCCAGGGACAGUGCAGGACUCCUGAGAACUGCAACACAGAUACCUUUACUGGAUAACUUCAUCACAGUAGAAUCAUUCAGGGCAAAAGAUGUAUCGGCCAGUCUUAAUUCAGGAGCAUCUGACAGUCUCUUCAGACCCAAAACUUUCCUGCUCAUCUGUGCGUCACACCUGUAUUUAGCAUAUUUAAGUGGGACAAAGCCUCUCCUUUCAUCUUACUAUUCCCUUUUUAAUGCAUCUGUAGUUGUGUGUAAUUUGCAUCUGAAAUUCGAAACCAGUGCAGACCUCUUCCAGUGAAUAUCAAGUGAUUCUCAUUCACUCAUGCUUUUGCAACAAACAGUGCAUGUGCUUCAGACAGGAUUUGCACCAGCUGGCAGGGCCUUCUGCUGGGCCUGCUCUCUUCUACCAGCCAGGGGCAAUGGUACAACCUUUAGGUUUUCACAAAAAAUGUGCUGCUGAGUCAUCAUGGACAAUUGUUCAGAAAUUCCUGGCAGUAAGAAAAGAAAAUUCUGGAGAGCAGAAUAGUUGCAGGAGAUCAGCUCUGACAUUCCUUCUUCUGAAUUCAUCUUUGGGAGACCAGAGUGGCAUCUCUCUGACUAUGGCUGCAGACAGAAAAGCCCACAUGCACAGUGGCAUAAAAGAUAAUUUGCUGAGGACAUCAUUCUUUUUUUUACUUUUUUAAGUAAAGGAUUUUAAAUGACUGCAUGUCUGUAUCAUUGUCCACCGACCGUUGUUCCUCAGGGGUGUCCCCACCAUUCCUGCGAUCCUGUCAAAGGCAUCGGGAAGCAAGUGAAUCCCUGUACAGUCUUGGGAAGAAGGUUUUGUGCCUUAAGAAUGGGACCUGCUUCCCUCCUAUUUAUUUUGUUAAUUUAUACAGUGAUUACCAUGGAAAUGUCUCUUGGAGGUUUUUUUGUACAUAGUUUACUUGUUGUAAAUAUUUUUUUCUUGUAUAUAAAGUAAACAAGUUUCCGAGCUUCCAGUAAGGAUUCUCUGUUGCUGAUUUUAUUGUGAGAGGGCUGCUGUGCCCAUCAGGUGGGAACCAGCUAAUAAAAACCUGUGCUGUGAUUAAA